GUACUAGAGUAAGAGAAGUGUGAAGCACACAACGUUACAAAAACAGGUCACGAGACGUUACAAGACAAAAGCCAACCACGGGGAGUGAGUCCCUCCCACAGUGGUUCACACAGAGUCACACACACACCUCUCCCUCUUGUAUCCAACCAUUCUUUCCUAUAAAUCAGAGCCCUGCAAGCAAACCCAAGCUUAAUUCUUCACAUUUCAGUGCUUUCUCUUUCUGCGUUUCUCUCUUUUCCAUCAAUGGCUUCAUUGAAGUUAGCUCUCCCCUCAUUUUCCCUCUUUGUCCUCUACUUCUCUUCAAUUUCCACUCAUGCCCUUUACGUUGGCCUUCACGCAGAUGCCAACCUCUCUCUGAGUAAAGAAUGCAGUAGAAAAUGUGAAUCAGAAUUCUGUAAAGUGCCUCCAUUUCUACGAUAUGGGAAGUACUGUGGGCUUCUGUAUAGCGGAUGUCCGGGAGAGAAACCUUGUGAUGGCCUUGAUGCUUGUUGUAUGAAGCAUGAUGCCUGCAUACAGGCUAAAAACAAUGACUAUUUAAGCCAAGAGUGCAGCCAGAAAUUAAUAAACUGCACAAGCAAUUUCAAGAGUGCAGGAGGGCAGUCAUUUAAGGGGAACAAAUGCUCAGUUGAUGAUGUUAUUGAUGUUAUCACAGUUGUUAUGGAUGCUGCUUUGCUGGCUGGAAGAUAUCUUCACAAACCUUGAUUUAUUACUCUUUUAUUCUUGUUUCCUUUCAUGCACAAAAUUAAGGGGAAAAAGAAAAAAAAAAAAAAGUGGAAUUCCUCUCUAUUUUUGUUCAAUUCUUUUUCUUUUUAAUAAACCAAUCAUUACUUUAA